AGUGGAGAGCUCUAUCCAGAGAAGAGGGAGAGAACUCACCCUUACCACGUCAACAUGCACCUUCUACCACUCUUCGCAGCUUUCGGGCUGGCGCUUGCAGAGACUGGCAUAGAUGGCUGGUUACGAUACGCACCAUUAUCAUCUUCAAUAUCAUGGCCCUCAGUGCCGAAGCACAUCGUCGUGCUCAACACCACCAAAACGAGUCCUGUCUACACCGCAGGUCAAGAGCUACAGCGCGGUAUUCAGAGUAUCCUUGGUCAGGGCUGCCGUCUCUCGAGCAAGACGCCUGACGAAUCCAUCAUCGUGGGAACACUUGAUGCAUAUGUUGCUGCUUACGGCAACCUCAACCAGCCUGUGGAUCUCAAAGAAGACGGCUUCUGGUUGAGCACCGAAAACAACACCAUUCAGAUUAUCGGGCAGAACGAAAGGGGUGCACUCUAUGGCGCCUUCGAGUACUUGUCUAUGCUGGCUCAAGCAAACUUCUCAUCUGUUGCAUAUACUUCAAAUCCAGAUGCCAACAUAAGAUGGGUCAACCAAUGGGACAAUCUGGACGGCAGCAUUGAGCGCGGAUUUGGUGGAGCGUCGAUCUUCUUCGCAAAUGGCACGAUCGUCAAUGAUCUUACCCGCGUAGCUGAAUAUGCACGUCUUCUCGCUUCAGUAGGAAUCAACGCUGUUGUUGUCAACAACGUCAACGCUAAUGCGACUAUCCUGUCACCAAGAAAUAUCGAUGGUCUCGGAAGAAUCGCUGAUAUCAUGCGACCUUAUGGAGUACAAAUCGGUCUUUCACUCUACUUUGCUUCUCCCACUUCCGGAAUUCAAGGCCAAGCCAAUCUUACCACGUUCGAUCCUCUGGACUCUGAGGUCGUUACCUGGUGGGGCAACGUCACGGAGCAGAUCUAUAAGCGCAUUCCAGAUAUGGCUGGAUAUCUUGUCAAGGCCAACUCAGAGGGCCAGCCGGGUCCUUUAACAUACAACCGCACCCUUGCGGACGGAGCAAAUUUGUUCGCCAAGGCUCUACAGUCAUAUGGUGGUAUUGUGAUGUUCCGUGCCUUUGUCUACAACCAGCUCAAUGAGAGCGUGUGGACAGCGGAUCGAGCAAACGCCGCAGUCGACUUUUUCAAGCCUCUGGACGGCAAAUUCGAUGAUAACGUCGUCGUACAGAUCAAAUACGGACCCAUUGAUUUCCAAGUCAGAGAGCCUGCAUCGCCACUGUUUGCAAAUUUAUACCACACAAGCACGGCAAUCGAGCUGCAGGUCUCGCAAGAAUAUCUGGGUCAGCAGACUCAUCUGGUGUAUCUGCCGCCUUUGUGGGAUACAGUUUUGGGCUUUGAUAUGCGAGUCGACAAUCAGACAUCACUGGUCCGUGAUAUCAUCGCCGGCAGAACAUUCAAUCGAUCACUAGGUGGAUAUGCCGCUGUGGUAAAUGUCGGCACCAAUCAAACGUGGCUGGGAAGCCACCUUUCCAUGGCAAAUUUCUAUGCCUAUGGUCGACUUGCGUGGAACCCGGCCGAAGAUACUACGAAAAUUCAUGAGGACUGGACGCGCUUGACUUUUGGUCUCAAUCAGAACGUCGUCGACACAAUCACCCACAUGGCACUCGAGUCCUGGCCUGCAUAUGAAAACUACAGCGGUAACCUUGGUAUCCAGACAUUGACCGAUAUACUGUACACCCAUUUUGGCCCAGACCCGCAAUCGCAAGACAACAAUGGCUGGGGUCAAUGGACACGAGCCGAUCGCAAUACCAUUGGCAUGGACAGAACAGUAUCCAACGGCACCGGGUUCUCAGGGACCUACCCUCCAGAAGUCGCAGCCAUGUACGAGAACAUCGAAACCACACCAGAUAAUCUGCUUCUAUGGUUCCACCACGUCAACUAUACACAAAAGCUCAGAUCUGGCGAAACGGUGAUACAACAUUUCUAUGAUGCGCACUACGCGGGUGCAGAGACAGCGCAGACAUUUGCUCAACAGUGGCAGACUCUGGCUGCCGACAUCGAUGCUCAACGGUUCGAUGAACAGCUGUAUCGUUUGAACUUUCAAGCCGGCCACUCGAUCGUCUGGAGAGAUGCCAUUGUCAACUUUUAUCACAACGUUUCUGGUGUUGCUGAUGAGCUGAAUCGAGUCGGUAAUCACCCAUACCGCAUCGAAGCCGAAAGCAUGACGCUUAAUGGCUACAAAACAUAUGUCGUGAGUCCAUUCGAAACAGCCUCAAAUUACCACGCUGUGGUUGUUAGCGAUAACACUACUACUGGCUCUGUGUCAACCGUUCUGCACUUUCCUGCCGGUACCUACGAUGUAGGCGUCAACUACUACGACUUGUAUGGUGGAAAGUCAAAGUAUGAGCUGUUCAUUGACAACAAGACUGUUGCCAACUGGGCUGGGGACAGUGAGGACUACCUUGGCCAUACACCCUCGAUUUACCUGGAUGGCCAUUCGGCGAGAAGAAUGACAUUCGAAGAUAUUGCUGUGAAGGAAGGCGAUAUGCUCGAGAUUGUUGGUACGCCUGAUGGAAUCGAAACUGCGCCAUUAGACUACAUCGUCUUCUUGCCGAAGGGGAUACUUGACUAA